AUGCCACUGUGGAUCACUUUCUACAGGCUGAGUAGGGUUACAUUGAUUGGUUUUACACUAGGACUUUCUCUGGCUGUUGGAGGCCAGGAGGUCACACAAGGGGCGUCGUUCAGUCAAGUUCUAUCCGAGGAGGACUACGUCCCAUCCCAGAGUACACAAUCACACAGAGGCGAGGCAUCAACUGCCAACAUUGGUGGAGGAAGAAUCUUGGCUUUGUGCUUGUGCGCAAGAGGAAGGACAAAAGGCCCUCCAGCAAUUAGUGUCUCUUUAUUGGCCAAGGCUAUGACUUUUCUAGCUGUUAUGGUGGCCACCGUGGAGAAACAAACCCUACGUGUUGGAGGCAUUGUCCACUUCCUCCAGUGGCGGAGCCUCCGAGGUGACGUGGGGAAUCCCUAUCUUGAUUUCUUCUUCCACGUCAUCCCCGACACGCUAUCGGAGACCCUGACCGAGCGCCUGAAGUUUGCAUGGGAGCAUGACCCGCUGAAGUCCCUGAAGCUCGUCUACAACCUCCGUGUGGUGUGGAGCACCGGGAAAUCAGAUAGGGAAGACGGCGACACGGCGGCGCUCUGGCUACACGCGAACACCCCAAAACCUUAG